GGGGUUGCAAUAAUUACGUUCUUGGCCAAAGAUAAUAUCUAUAUGUGCAUUUAAGUUGGAUAGUAUGCUGGGUGGCUAGGUAUGGUGCUUUCAAGUUCAAUUGUUGGUUUCUUUGUUUGUUAUCUUCCUAAGAAGAUAUUGAAAUGAAUUAUUCCUCGGUAAAUUCCUUUGGUUUGUUGCUAAUAAGCUAGUUUUUACUUAUCAUAUGUAAACACCGAGUGAAAGGUCAGUAAAACUAGGUUUAAGCCAUUACUUGAUAUGUAUAAUUCAAAUUUCUCUUUUGGAUUAAUCAAAUUCUAUAAAACCUUUAUAUUUAUUUUGAAUUUUUUUUAAACUUGGUCAUUAUUAACUGAGGCAAUCUGAAUAUACUGACCCCCCAAAGAAGAAACGUUAGGCUCACUAGAGUUGAUGAGGUGUCUGGUGAAAUGGAAAUUCAGAAGAAAAGGUGACUUAGAUUUUCGCUAAAUGACAUGCAUUAAUGUGAACAUUUCAGUUGGUAUUACAAGCCUUUGCUAUCUCCGUUGACCCUUUCUCCUUUCAUUCCUUCUUCUCUUUUAUGUCCUCUUUCUCCUUGUUUGCCUGGAAAACACACUUUUUUGUGUACCAACCAUUCCCUACCCAGAUGUAUUAUAGUAACUAAUUCUUAAUCCUUCAUGUUGUGGAAUCCUGUUUAGACGGUUAUUUGUAUAUGCCUUAUGUUUAAGUGUGUAUUUGGUUUUCGCAAACCUGCAGGUGGUUUGAUGCUUGAUUUUUGUUUUCUUCAAUUUACUUGUAUACGAGCAUAAUGUUUUUGAUAAAUGUCAUUUUUGGCAGUGCAUUGUAUACCUGUUCUCUAGGCUACCAACUUUCCUUAUUUGCCUGCAUUUUUUUCUGCUGCAUUCAAUUGCUAUAUGGAUGCCUAUGGACAUUGUUGUUAUUAUUAUUGAGGAUAACCUUUUCCAAGAAAAUAUUCAUUGUUAUUUCCCCCCGUGAUAUUCUUUCUUUCCCCUUCAUCAGUUGUUUUAUCUAGGGUUUCUUUUUCCUUCUGAAUGUCUCAUAGUAGUUGAGAGUUAUAUUAUCAUUUCUGAUCCCUAAACUUGUUAGGGUUCAAUUUUAGUAUCUUCUACGUGAAUUGCAGACGUGUCCUAACCAUCAUAUCUUGAUCGGCACUAUAUGCUGGACCUUGUCUUAAACCUUUCUUGAUAUGGCAGUACAUAGCUAGGAGGUGCCAUUGACAUGUGGAGACAUCAGGAAGGUUGGUGUGAUAAAUAUGUUUGUCAUAUUGCUAAUGAAUGGAGAUCGUAGAGACCUCUCUUUUUUAUAACCAUGAGAUCGGGAACUGAGCGAAAUGACUUGCUUCGGUAUUAUAGUGUCAUGGAUCCAUAUUUUACAUUAAGUUAUGUCCUUUUACUGUUUAAUGAGUUUAUAUCAUUUAUCUGUUUCCUGUAUGAAUGUUGUAUUUUUUCUAGAAGUAUUUAUUAUGAGUGGCACUUCUAUGAUGAUUUGAAGAUGGUUAAGCCUUUUAUUUGCUAAUAUUGUCAGUUAUUCGUUUUUUCUAAAGGAUGACGCUGGCUUGUUCAUUGUCAAUAUUUACCUUUCCAAGUGAAAAUAUCUCUUGACUUGUAGGUAAAUUGGCGUUUAUUAUUAUGAUCUCUGAAUUAAGUAAAGAGGGAACUUGAAUCUCAUGCUUUUGCAAACUUCUGAAUUAUGCAUCUCAUUCACUGGCGAUGAUGGUUGUGUAGAGAGGCUAGCAACAUUGAGCACUGAGACUCAACACUCUGCUGUAGAAAUUGAAGUAAUCUCAGCGGACAAGUCGGGACGAUCUUUCUUAAUAAAGACGCCAGGUAGUGAAAUUUUUUAUUUUUGGUGCUCUGAAAAAUCCAAGCUUCUGGGGAAUGAAUUGCUCCAAAAGAUGAAGGAUAUACUUUUGAGAAAACCUUCACUGGCUGAAUUAACUGGAAUUAGUGAGUCACGCCUCAACUGCUUUUCAAUUUACCUUCAAGCUUAUCUUGCUGGAUCCAUGGUGUCUACUGCAAAAUCUAGUGACUGUUUUGUGUUUGCUAGCACUUCUCUAGAUGAUUCAAAUGAUUCUUCUGAAUUUCAUUAUCCUCAGUCUUCAUUCAGAACUAUGAAAAAUUCACGUUUUCGGCACUAUGGCAGUCAAGGAGCAAAGACAAACCCAUUGUAUCAGGGUAGCCUUAGUCCUAGGUCUAGUUCCUUUAAAGAGGGGUUGCCAAGAAGCUUGUCUUCAUUGAGAAGUAUUGCCAAAGAAAAAAUGAGGCGACGUGGAGAGAGCUAUGUUUCAUGUGUUGAGAGCUCAGACAUUGCUUCUUCAAGUAGUGCAGCUCGGUUUAGUUCAAAUUGCUUUGAGAAGGAAAAGUUUUCUGAAGCAACUGAAAUUCACCAGUUUCCUUCAUUGAGUUUUUUGGAUGUACUCAUGAAAUCCGCAGAACUGUCCUUUUCUGGCCCGGGAACUCAAGUAACUUCGUUGGCUUCAUCUUGUUUCUCUCCCUACUAUUGCUUUUGUCCUCUGGCUGCAUCAACUAUGCGAUACGCUAUGGGAACUUCACAGCUGCCUAUUUCGUCAAUUGAAUCACUCUCUCUGCCGUCACUGUCAUCUCAUUCUCAGCUAUCAACUGCAAGGCCAUCUAGUCUUUUGGCGUCAAAACCCUCCCUUAAUCUGGCUGAGGUCCCCCCAUUGGAUUUUCCUCCUCUCUUGCCAGAGCCUUUGAUCAGGUUGCCAUUGACGAUGCCAACUUCUCAACAGAUCUUGACAUAUACACCGUUAAUAUGUGACCCCAUUGUUCAUAUUCCAGUUAUAGAUGUUUGCUCUUCUGGCCAAGGGUACUUGGUCAGCACAGGUCUGGCCAUGUCGACUUCUGUAUCACCUCUAAACGCAAAUCUCAUGGACCCCCAGAUUCCAGAUGCUGAAUCAAUGCUAGAAAAAGGUGCUAGGGACACACUUCGCUUUCUCAUCAACAGCUCCAAUCAACCCAACUCACAGCUGCUCGAAGUAUUUAAUCCGGUCCUUAGCAGCAGCGAUGAUAAGCAAAACUUGCUUGCUGUUGGAAGCCGCGGUCUUUAUUCUGGAAGCAGAGAUGUAGAUGCUAUAGCAAACUGCAUGACGGCUAUGGGUUUAGUUUCAUUUCCCAACAAAUCCUCGGGAAGUAACAAUAGCAAUCGACUUGUUGGUAGAGAUUAUUUGGUUGAUCAAAGUGAGAAGCCUGCCGGCUGUGGUCCAUCUACCUCAGAUGACUGUUGCUCAUCCUUGAAAGAUUGGAAAGGACAGAUUGAUUGAAACAUGAUUGCUUUUUCCCAGUUUAGUAAUGGAAAUGAGGAUUGAGAAUUGUAAUAUAACGAAAGAAAAAAUGUUCUUAUGUUUUGUAGUCUUUUGAUAUUUCCUUCUUUAUGUUCUGCUUUUGUUGCUUGCCGUCCAAAUGUUUCUCUGGUAAAUUGGCAGCUGGGGUUUAUUGUAAUUACUAAUAAGUGAUGCUUUUGUUGUCUAGUCUUUGUUUAUGAAAAUUCUGACUUUCUUGA